AUGAACAAGGAAGUUGUAGGGCGGCAAGGCUGCCGAAUCAGAAGGCGCGCUGGCAGGACCCAUCUAAAAGUCGAGAAGAGCUUCAAACCACCAGCUUCACGUCGAGCCGCAAAGAAUUCCACCAUCCUCCACCAGUCCUCUACCAUGCUUUGUGCCAUCUCCGGAGAAGCACCACAGGUGCCAGUCGUCUCUACGAAAAGUGGCAACGUCUUUGAAAAGAGACUUAUAGAAGCAUAUAUCGCCGAAAAUGGAAAGGAUCCUGUCACAGGUGAAGACCUAUCUGUAGAAGAUUUGGUCGAGUUGAAGACCGCACGUGUUGUUCGACCUCGCCCACCCACACUCACCUCGAUUCCGUCGCUCCUCGGCGUCUUUCAAGAAGAAUGGGAUGCUUUGGCAUUGGAAACAUAUACUUUGCGCCAGGCUUUGGUUCAGACCAGACAAGAACUCAGCACAGCUCUAUACCAGCAUGAUGCCGCGGUACGAGUGAUUGCGCGAUUGACGAAAGAGAGAGAUGAGGCCCGCGAUACCCUUUCCAAAAUAUCAGUGGGAACUGCGCGUGCUCCUGCAGGCGGCGAUGCUAUGCAGGUCGACAGCGCAAAACUACCCGACUCCGUGGUUGCCAAAAUUGAAGAAACAUACGCCAAACUAUCCAAGUCCAGAAGCAAGCGUCCGAUCCCAGAAGGCUGGGCAACGAGCGAAGCGAUUCAGUCAUACAAGCCAACAGUCGGCUCCGAGCCUUUGUAUCCUGGAGGCAAGUCGCUCUCAGUGGACUCGACUGGUGAUUUGGCAUUGAUUGGCGGUGUUGAUGGUAUCGCCGGUGUCUACUCGGUUUCGAAGCAACAAAUCAUUCAGACUUUUAAAAUCGAUGCACCUGUAACAGAUGCUGUUUUUGCCGGCCCCACGGCCGUCGUUGCUUCUGCAUCUGGAUCAGUCAAAUUCUUCAACAAUGGUGCUGAAACCGCCAGCUUUGAUUCGCAUGCUGGCGAGGCCACUGCAGUUGUCGUGCACCCAGCUGGCGAUAUUGUUGCAUCUGUUGGUGUGGACAAGAGCUAUGUCCUAUACGACCUGGCGACGUCGUCCGUUGUAACUCAGAUUUAUGGCAAUGCCGGCCUCCUGUCUGCCAAGUUCCACCCUGACGGUCACUUGCUCGCCGUCGGUGGCGCAGACGGUCAAAUUCAAGUAUACGAUGUGAAGUCCGGAGCUGUUGCUGCCAGUUUCCCCAUGCAGGCACCUGUCACGAACCUCGAAUUUUCCGAGAAUGGUUACUUCAUGGCCGCAGUAACUCAAAAUUCCACAGACAUUUCUAUUUGGGACUUGCGAAAGUCUAAGCUACACAAGGUACUUGAGACUGGAACUAGGAUCAGCACUCUUGCUUGGGACUAUACUGGACAAUUCCUCCUGAGCGGCGGGCCUAACGGUAUCACCGUUCAGCAAUAUACCAAAUCUACAAAGGAGUGGUCAGAGUCUCUGCGCAGCGCUGUACCAGCGGUAGGCGUCGCAUGGGGACCAUUGGCUCAGAGUGUCUUAACAAUCAAUGCGGAAGGCGUUCUUAGUGUGUUGAACCAGUCAUGA